GCUCCGUCUGACCUCCCCUGCAGACGUUUUAUUGUUUAUUGUAACUGAGAAGAGAAAAAAAAACAUGUUUCAUGGAUUUUUAUGGCCGACGGCGACUAGUGGAAAGAGAUUUUCCUUCGGGAUGGGCAAGAAGGCAUGCAAGGACAAAAUCACAGAGGAAUGUGAGCAGCUUAUUGAGGUGUUUAGGACAUUCAAAGGCAAUUCUCUUUGUUUAGAUGUUGAACAAAAUAAAACCCUUGACUUGUUGUCCCUUGUUGCAGGAGAAGCUUUCGAUGCGACAAACCCAAUGAACUACGCGGUCUCUAAUAUUAUCUGCUCCAUGGUUUAUGGCAGCAGAUUUGUGGACGCCUUUCUGGUCCGAAAGCAAAACAGGGAGGUUCGCUAAAAGAGUAUAUACAUAUAUAUAUAUAUAUGCAUAUAUUAGGGCUGUCAGCGUUAACGCGUUAAUCUAUGCGAUUAAUUUGGCCGCGUUAACGCACUAAAAUAAAACCGCGGCAGUACGGUUUGACACUGUUUCCGUUUUUAAAACAAUCAUUUCUCCGCGAAAAUAAGGAGCAGAAAUCAGUUUAAACUCGUGGAUGAAUCAGUCGGGUUUCCUCCUGCUCCUCCUUCCUCCCGUCUCCCCCUCUGAUACACAGAGGAACAGAGGGGCGACGUGUCGGGUGACGCGGCGCGGAAAGAACGCAACACACGAAACCUUCAACGUGAUUGGUCAAACCAAUGAACACUCAGUAAAUCACAAAGGACCUCCCACCUCACAGAAGCAGUCGCCCAGAAGCUCAGACGGAGGGAGAGGCUCCAUGGCCGAGUUCAGAGGGCUUCAGGUGACUUCACUGCUGCUGCUGCUCCAGUUCACAGCAGUAACUGGAGGGACCCUCGUCUCCCUCAACGUCACAGCUGGAGAAGAAGUCACUUUGCCUUCUGACCAUGUGAAAGAAGAUCAGCAGAGCUGUAACGCGAGUACUUGGCUUCACAGUAGAAAAGAAGCAGCAGUGGAGCUCUUUAAUCUGGGGAAGAUUAAAACCAAUACAGAUAAAGCCGACAGACUGAGUUUGACAGCAAACUGUUCUCUGGUUAUCGGAAAUGUAGAAGUCAAAGAUGGUGGUCAUUACACCUACAGACAGUUUAACAGAGCAGGAGAACAACACGGUCCAGAUGUUCAGGUGCAACUGUCUGUUCAUAAGACUAAAGGAACCACGUCGGAGAGGAAGAACGAGACAUCGUCUGCAAACAGUGACCAUUUUGUGUGGCUCUGGGUCCUAGUGCCCGUGGGGUUAGCAGCUCUCUCCGUCGUCAUCGCGGUGGCCGUCGUCAGGCGGAGGAGAACCACAGGGAGCCGAACGCGGAUGGAUGAAAGCAUCGAACCGAUCUCAGACCACGAGGCGACUCCGCCCGGCCCCGGAACCAGUCCGGCCGAGGCGGAUCCUGAAGAAAGUGUUUCCUACGCCUCCGUCAGCUACACCAAGAAGGCCGACGGUGGCGCCCAGGUGAGGGUAAGAGAGGAUGAAGAUGAGGAUGACGAGGUGACCUACAGCUCAGUGAAGUCUUGAGCCUCGGUGACCUCUACGCCACAAAUAAGAAGCGUCAUUUUAAUAACACGCUGCUGAUUAAUUCAUAAAGCGUCAUCAGAGUUCAUCACUCUGGUAUUUAUUGAGCCUUUUAGCAAAAAUUGGAGAUCAUUUCAUAUUUAUUGAUACUUUUGAGGAGAUAACCCGAAUGUUUCUUAAUGAAAACCAACGUGGAGUUCAGCAGCGUCUUGAUGACAUUUCUAAUGUUAUGAUAUUAAAAUAUAUUUUUGCAUUUUAUUUUUUUCUGUUACAAAUGUUUUAUAUGAUAAUUUUCAGCAUGUAUUUCUGUAAUAAAAGCUCUUCUGCAGAGAAGGGGUUGUAGUUGGUCAAUGUUUUAUAUUUAAUAUAUGAUGUGAUUAUUGUUGCUUACUCAGUGAUGGAUUAAACUAAGCAUCAACUCAA